UUGAUUUUUGUAACCCCGUCUAAUAAUAAAAGGAGGCCUAGUAUUACAAGUAUAACAGAUAUGACCAACCCAGAGCAGUAUUUAAUUCUUUUAUGCUCAAUUCAUGACUGCCAUCAAUGUCAACUGUCCUUCAACCAUUAAAUACCUGAAAUGUUUCAUACCUUGAUCAUCUAUAUCCUCACUUUUAGUGUUGGUUUCCAAAGUUUAACAACUUGAAUUGUCUUCGGAACUCAUUUCCCCUUCACACGCACUCAACAUUUCUUCAUGGAUCCAUCGGUUCAAGAACUACAUUUCCCUGACAUUACUAAGAUCCCCAUAACCAUUGACCGUAUAGCUCCAGUCCUACCAGCAGGCUCCAUUCCGGUUGGCCAUGGGGACACCCUAUACCUCUCAAACCUAGAUGACAUGGUUGGAGUUCGUGUCUUUACUCCAACCAUAUACUUUUACCGCCGACCGCGUUGCAUUUCUAAUCAGAAACCAGAGGUGAUGAACAAUGCCCUUGAAGAAGCCCUUGCGCAUGUAUUGGUGCCUUACUAUCCUUUCUCGGGUAGGUUACGAGAGACGGGAAACGGAAAGCUAGAAGUGUUUUUUGGGCCAAACCAGGGAGCAAUUCUUGUGGAGGCACACUCACAAAUGAGGUUAGAGGAUCUUGGAGAUCUUACUGUUCCAAAUCCUGAUUGGAAGUCUCUGGUUUACAGCUUCCCAAACGAAGAACAGUAUAAAGUGAUUGACAUGCCUUUGUUAAUAGCCCAAGUAACUCGGUUCAACUGUGGUGGGCUGAGUCUUGGGCUAAGAAUCUGCCAUUGCCUCUGUGAUGGCGUAGGAGCAAUGCAGUUUCUCAAUGCAUGGGCUGCCACAUGCAGAAAAGGUGGUUCGUUCAUACUAAGCCCCAAACCCUAUUGGGGCAGAGAAUUUUUCCGAGCGCGUGACCCCCCGAGAGUCGAAUACCCACAUGCCGAGUUCUGGAGAAUCGACGACGGAUCAAGCCUAACUAGAAGUCUUUGGGAAGCGAAGCCCUUACAGAAAUGUUAUAGGGUUACACGAGAGUACCAGGCUGUUGUGAAAAGCCUAGCUCGACCUGCUGGGGAUUCCACCACCACCACCUUUGAUGCCAUGGCAGCUCAUGUAUGGAGGUCAUGGGUUCGAGCCCUCGACGUAACACCUCUUGACUAUCAGCUCCGACUUACAUUUGCUGUUAAUGCACGCCAGAAGCUCAAGAAUCCGCCUUUGAGAGAAGGGUUUUAUGGCAAUGCAUUGGCCGUGGCUUGUGCCACAAGCACGGUAGCUGGGCUUCAUAGUGGGCCUUUGGCGGAAACAACCCGGUUGGUUCGCGAGGCACGCUUGGCCGUCUCAGAGGAAUACCUGCGGUCCACAAUUGACUACAUUGAAGUGGACAGGCCUAGGAGGCUUGAGUUUGGAGGGAAAUUGAGCAUUACCCAAUGGACCAGAUUCUCAUUAUACGAAUCUGCAGACUUUGGUUGGGGAAGGCCCAUUUAUGCAGGCCCAAUAGACCUGACUCCAACCCCACAAGUUUGUGUUUUCUUGCCAGGAGGAAGUGGGGAUUCUGAUGGAACAAUGCUUGUUUGCAUUUGCCUCCCAGAGUCUGCAAGCAAUAAAUUCAAAGAGCUUUUGAGCUGCUGCUCUUCCUCCAUAACUCUCAGCUAGAUGAGCCAAGCAUUAGUUCGGACAGUUAGAUUUAUAUGUAAGAUCCAAUAUAUCUGUCCAAAUUAAAAGCCAUCCAUCAGUCUAGAAGGCCGACUUUCUUAUUAUUCAAAAAAACUUUGAUAUGUUUGGUAAUGAAUGCACUGUUGACCACAUCUGAAAUUAAUUCCACUUUGGCUGGUCAAUCAC